ACACGACGUACACGAAAUCUAUUGUCUUUUAGAGGUGCACUCAUCAUGGCAAGUCAUUUGCACUUUUGACAUCAUAGAAGUUUUAAAAUCUUUCAAUCUAUUGAAGUUGUUGUUUACUGAAGUAUAUAAAAAAAUCAAAUGUAGGAUGAAUUGUUUUACAAACAGAAAUCGUGGCAUCAUUCUCGAUUUUGACGGAACUCUAGUUCAAACUAAUGCGGCAAGUAAAUUUUCUUUAAAUAGUGCAAAAGACUAUCUUGUUGAAAAAUAUAACAUUUUACCAGCAACUGCUAAUCUUAUUGUUAAUGAGUUUGUCACCUUAGUCAAUAAAUCUGAAAAGGCAAUCGUUUACGAAAGCGACGAAGAUUUAUGGAGAAAACAAAUAUGGCAAAAAGUCCUAAUCGAUAAUAAAGCUGCAAAUGUAGAAAUUGAUACUUUUUACAGCUAUUACAAAGAAUCUUUUCUUGAGCUUAUUGAAAUAAAAAAGGAGGUAAAAAAAAUGUUAAAAAAUCUACAAAAUAGUUUUAAAAUCAUUAUUUUAACUAACGGAAAUUCGCAAUGGCAAAGAAAAAAGUUAGAAAAGAGCGAAGCAAAUAAAUAUGUUGAUGACAUUAUUAUAAGCGGAGAACACAAAAUCAGCAAACCUGAUCCAAGGUUGUUUCAGCUUGCUUGCCUAAAACUUGGUUUAGAAAGUAAGCAAUGCAUCAUGGUUGGUAACAAUAAAAAAGCAGACAUUUUUGGAGGGUUUAAUGCUGGUUUAAAAGCUACCAUUUGGAUUCGAGAUAAAGAGUACGAUAAUGAUAGUAUUCAACCCGAUUAUAUAAUAGACGAUAUAUGUGAGUUAGAAUCAGUUCUAGUAAAGAUUUUUUGAAACAAAAAAAUACGUCAUUAAAAAGGUUUAA